AUGUUUUAUUAUCCAAAUGUGCUUCAGCGCCACACUGGCUGUUUCUCUACGAUUUGGUUGGCUGCCACUAAAGGCAUCAGGAUUAGCAGAAGAGAUUAUCUCAAGGUCAACAUCAGGAGAACAUGUGAGGACAUUGUGGAUUAUGUGAUGGUCCAGGUUCCUCCAGUCCACCCCAGUCUUCCUCGACCACGUUUCUCUCUUUAUCUUUCCUCUCAACUGCAGUAUGGUGUGGUCAUCGUCUACCAUCGACAAUGUGCUCUUCUGCUCGAGGAGAUUCAGCAGACCAUCGAGCAUUUGCUUCGCUCAGAGAGAAACUCUCGCAUUGACAUGCCCGACACUGAUAGGUUGGUCCUGAAUGUCCCUAACUCUCUUUUCCAGCUGGAGGAGAGCGAGUGGGCUCUAGAGCCAUUCUUUGGAGUGAUGGGGGUUGGUUGCGAGCUGCCUGCUCCCUGCAUGCUACCAGAGACUCGGGUGGUCAGGAAAGAUAUUACAGCACCUAAAGGUCUCAUUGCCCCUGCUGAAUCGAUCACCAUCAAAGACGCAUCUCUGUUGCCUGUGCUUCCAGCUGAGUUUGGUGGGGCAGAGUUACCUGAGGCCACAGCUCAAGAGAUCGACAUGCUAAUGGAGCAACAAGAUCCAUUCCAUCUUGGGGAUGAGGAAGAUAAGGAGAGAGAGAGGGCGACGGAGAUGGAGAAAUCUGCAGACAUGGAUGCUGCUAUGGUCUCUAUAGACCAAUUAAAGAACAGUGAGUGCAUCGCAGAUGAGGGGACAGGGCAUCCUAUGGAGGUCACAAUAGACAGGGUCGCUAUGGAAAUGACCCCUCCCCCAAUUACCCUGCCACCAACCACUGAAGCCAGUGAGAAAGAUGUAGAGCAAGAGAUGGGGCGCUCCUUUGAGACCGGCUCAGUUGCAGAACACGUGCCUCCGAAGAGACGAGGACGCAAACGCCAACUGAUCUUUGCUGAUCAACAGACACAGAUUUCCCAGGAUGCAAUGCGGCAACAACUUAACAACCCUCUGAUUGAAACUCAUUCUCUGUCUGACAUGCUUCUGAGUAUUCCUGCCUCCCGCAAGCCAUCCGCAGCGGUUCUACUUAGCACACCGUGUAACUUGCUCAUUCACCCUGACCUCCAGUCGCUAUGGAAAUGCUGCAGCGUUACACCCGCCCACCCCCGCCCCUCAAAGAAACGGCGAGCGGAGGACGAGAGCGAGCUGUCGGAAAUAGAGAAAGAACGAGGGAUGGAGUGGAUUAGAGAGUCUAGUAGGGAGGUGGUGAGAGAGUCUGGCGAAGCUGCACUUGUUCUUUCUGAGCUUUCAGCUGGUUCUGACGUGCCAUUGGAUGUGUCUAAAGGAGACAAGUCUCAGAGUGACCUCAUCACUCCCACCAGCAAAUGGUCCCCUAUAGAGGAGGCUCCCGAUAAAAUGGAGGUGAUUUUUGAGGAACAUAUUGAACUGCCACAGGGAGACGUUGAGCCUGAGAUAAGAGAUGUCAACACCUCUGACCUCCUCAGACUGAUUUUAGGCUUCAUGGAGCACUUUGAGAAGGUCUGCUUCCACUCACUGCUGCCCCCAGAGGCCGAGCGAAGCACUGCAGCUCAUCUGUUCUACAAAAUGCUGGAGCUGAUUUGUGCUCGGAAACUUUGUGUACAUCAGACGGAAGCGUUUGGAGACAUCAGCAUUACAAUGAACCACUGAAGAUACCGUAGAUGCAAACAUGCCUCAACAAACACAUAUAUAUAUAUAACUGUAUGCCCUUCAAAGAUCAACCGGUACUAUUGCAUUCUUUUGUAAUGUUUACAUUUGCUAACACACACACCGUUAUGCUUAAAAGUAUAAAACCAGUUCAGAAAUUUGUUUAAAUGCACACAGUUAUGCAUUUAAAUGCAUUAGUUAUCAUAAUAGAAAUAUAAGCAUAAUCAACUAGCAAUAUUUUCAUACAUCAUUACUGUUCAAUAAUGUAAUGAUAAUUAUUUGAUCUUUUUAUUUUAUCAAAUGUCCUGCAUUGCAGUUGUUUUUAAAGGAGCAAAUUGUGUUCUUUGUAGUGUCUAUACGGAUAUUACUGUUUUUAAUGUGUUUAUAAUUUUGUUGCUUCUGUUUUAAGUACAAGCACCUGUCUGUAAUUGUUUUUAACAUUUAUAUAAACUUGUUUUUAACUUAAACCUUAAAAAAAUUACUAAAAAAGAUUGUUAUGGGCUUUUAAAAUGUGUUAAAUGAAUGAGUGUCCAAAAAUGGCACAAUGCUAAUUGUAUUAUACUAAAAAUAUGAAUUUAUUCAAGAGUAAUGUUUUGUUACUGUAUAUCGUGUUACUGUAUAUGUUAUACAGUGUAAAGAAUGUCAGCAUUUGUGUUC